AAGGUUUGGGCCUUGGUGGGGGAGGGUCCUGGUCCCCCGGCUCCGCCCGGCUCCUCCCCGCCUUUUAGGCGCCCGCGCUGCUGGGACAUCACAGUCCCUCUUGGUCCUCCUGACCUGUCCCCUGUGCAUCCAGAGCUCGCGCCUAGCCCAGUCUACCUACUCUUCACCGCUCUCCCGCCAGCCCACUCCCCACCGCAGCCAUGGACGCCAUCAAGAAGAAGAUGCAGAUGCUGAAACUGGACAAGGAGAAUGCCAUCGACCGCGCGGAGCAGGCCGAAGCCGACAAAAAGCAAGCUGAAGACCGAUGCAAGCAGCUGGAGGAAGAGCAGCAGGCCCUCCAGAAGAAGCUGAAGGGGACAGAGGACGAGGUGGAAAAGUAUUCCGAGUCCGUGAAGGAUGCCCAGGAGAAACUGGAGCAGGCUGAGAAGAAGGCCACCGACGCUGAAGCAGAUGUGGCCUCUCUGAACCGCCGCAUUCAGCUCGUAGAGGAGGAGUUGGAUCGGGCACAGGAGCGCCUGGCUACAGCCUUGCAAAAGCUGGAGGAGGCUGAGAAAGCCGCGGAUGAGAGCGAGAGAGGAAUGAAGGUCAUUGAAAACCGGGCCAUGAAGGAUGAGGAAAAGAUGGAGCUGCAGGAGAUGCAGCUGAAGGAAGCCAAGCACAUCGCUGAGGACUCAGACCGCAAAUAUGAGGAGGUGGCCAGGAAGCUGGUGAUCCUGGAAGGGGAGCUGGAGCGCUCGGAAGAGAGAGCCGAGGUGGCUGAGAGUAAAUGUGGGGACCUAGAGGAGGAGCUGAAAAUUGUUACCAACAACUUGAAAUCCCUGGAAGCCCAAGCGGACAAGUAUUCCACCAAAGAGGACAAAUACGAAGAAGAGAUCAAACUUCUGGAGGAGAAGCUGAAAGAGGCUGAGACCCGAGCAGAGUUUGCUGAAAGAUCUGUGGCAAAGUUGGAGAAAACCAUUGAUGAUCUGGAAGAUGAAGUCUAUGCACAGAAGAUGAAGUACAAGGCCAUCAGCGAGGAGCUGGACAACGCACUCAAUGACAUCACUUCCCUCUGAGUCCCCACUGUGGCCAUCGCAGGCCCCUUUCUCUCCUCUCUUUACAUUCUCUCUGAGGGGAGGGGGCAGCCAGGAGGAGCACCAGCUAGCCACGUUGCACAGCCAGCCUGAGGGCAGCCUGAGGAACACGUCUGCCACCCCUGCCACCCACUCUGGCACUGGCUUUUCUCCUGCCAUCUAUCUACCAUGCACUGACCUCCACCCCUCCACUACUUAAUAAACUCUGAACUUGGUCUCCAUGCUCUUCUACUCCGGAAGCCCUUCUCCCUUUCAAAGCACUGAUUCACUCCUGAGUCCCUGGCUUUUACUGCCGUCCUCCAUCUGUGACGCUCAGCCCUCCUCCCUCAGCACACUGUGGCUCACACAGACCCUCCUGCACUGCACUCCCAGCCUGGCACUUUCUGAUAAUCAAUGCAUGUGGCUAUACACACCCUUCCUCCCCACCUCGGCAGCCCAGUCACUGACCUUGGCACACUUAACUGGGAUUCCAGGAUCUGAGGGCAUUGCUGAGAGGGAAAUGGGGUGCUGGGGUCAGGGGAGGGGGCCAGAAGGUCAGGAAAGGUCUGGUGUGAAGGUCGUUAAAGUCUUGGAUCUCUACAAGAGGGGCUUUUGCAGCAUCUGCAGGUCUGUUUUCUGUCCCAUGUCUGUCUGACCUUCCCUUUCCUGGCUGAACCUUUGUCUUUCCUUUUGUUUCCAUCUUUCCUAACCUUCUAAAGGCUUCUAAAGGAAGGCACCCCGUUUACGUUACAGGCCUCCCCAUCCCAGUGUCACUACCCCAGCCAAGGCCUAGAGCAAGAUUUGCGUCUAGAUAGUCCACCCACUUACCCCUACCAUAGGCCCCCCGGUCUCUUAACAUGACUCAGGUCUCCUAACACAUCCCAGGUCUCCUAACAUGUCCCAGGUCUCCUAACACGUCCCAGGUCCCCUAACAAGUCCCAGGUCCAUAAAGUGUCUCCUAACAUUCCUAACAUGGUUUUUGUCUGUGUCACCUUCCCCUGUCCAUGGUUCCCUUCCCUCCUGUUUACCCUCCCCUACCUCACCUGCUGCUUCCCCUCACAGAGACUUUGGCCAGUGCCAAGGAAGAGAACGUGGAGAUACACCAGACCUUGGACCAGACCCUUCUGGAACUCAACAACCUGUAAGGGCUGGCCCUGCUGCCUACCAGACUACAUAGUUGCCUCCUCGGGCCAAUAAACUGAUGUUACUGGCAUGCCAGGGCCCUUUAAGCCUAUUUUGUUGUUGUUGGCAGUGGAGCGGGAAGGACCCUGACUGAGCAAAGCCUGGCUCCCAUCCCUGUAGUGCAGUCCCACUUUCAAUGGGAGCUAUGAGGUAUGGGUACCAGGCUUAGCAAGCAAGUUGUGGUCCCCACAGAGCAGAACCACCAUCCAUGGCACACCUCUGCUCCAGCAGGCACUGGGCCAGACAUUCUAAAGGCAAAACUGCAAGAAUGGACAGAUUUUCCUCCAUCAGGGUAAAAGCCAGAAAGACUUGCUCAGUGUGAAUUGAAGUUUAGAGGUGUGGCCAAGCUAACCUCCUAACACACACUGCUAGGUGUUCUUGCCCCAAAGAGGUUCAUAUUCUAAUCCUGAGAAAUGCCACAUUAGCCAGGAAGAGGGACUAUUCAGAUGAGCAAAGAAUUUGAAGUAGAGGAGGUUAUCCUAGGUUAACAGGUCAGGCUUGGAAUAAUCACAAGGUCCUCAAAGGUUAGGAGAGCCGAGCAUGAUGGUGCAGACCAGCACUCCCAGCACUUGGGAGACUAAGGCUGAAAGGACUGGGUCUUGAUCCAGUCUGAGCUACAUAUACAGUGAGGCUGUCUAGAAGGCAAAAGAGGGGAAAAAAAAAGAGUGUGGGGGUGGGGAUGAGGUCACAGGCAGGAGGGGAAGAUGUGACAAUGAAAGAGAGGAGUUGGACAUAGGGAAGGAGUCAGGAGCAAGGAAUACUGGGAAGGGCCAGGAGCGAGGAAUGCAGGAGUCAUCUAAAAUGAAGUGUUCCACUUGAGAAAGCCAGGGAGAAUACAGCCCAUGCAUACCUGGACUAGCCAUAACGUUCAUGCAGACUUCCAGCUCUGGGACUGUAAACGUUAUAGGAGCAGAACAACCCUAAGCUUGUGGAAGUUGCUUUGUUUUCCCGGCAAACAUAAGAAAUUAAUAUAAUAUCCCUUUGAUGUGAGGAAUAAAGGCAAAUACACGAGUUUU